AUGGAUCAGCAAGACAAAGAGCUAAGAAAGGACUUGAUUAUGUGGGAUAGAAGGCAAAAGUUAGCUGUUGUUCAAGUUCUUUGCCAUGUGGUAUAUUGGUAUAUGCAGAGAAAAUAUCACCUUAGGAAGUAUGUGGACCAUCCUAUUAAUUACUUGAAGAGAGAAAAAGUGAGGAUUGAACUAAUGACAAAACUUAAAUGUAAUAAGAAUUAUCGAAAUAUCACCCGUAUGGGGCCGCAGACAUUUCAAGAUUUGUGUCAUAUACUUGAAAGAGAUGGUGGUCUGAAACCAACAAAAUGUGCAACAGUUGAGGAGCAAGUUGCAAAGUGUCUUUACAUUUUGUCACAUAGUGUGAUGAAUAGAAAUGAUUCAUUUUUCUUUCGUCGCUCCGGUGAGAUUGUAAGUCGGCAUUUUCAUAGUUUUUUGAGAGCUCUUAUAUCAUUAGAAGAUCGAUUUCUUUGCCAACCUAAUGGAUCCGAAGUCCCUCCAGAAAUACUCAAUAAUAAUAGGUUCCAUCCAUAUUUUAAGGGGACUGCAUCUGGCUCAAGGAUCAUAAAAAAUGCACUCACUAGAGAAGAUAAACUGAAAAUACCCAAUGGCAAAUUUUAUCUUGUUGAUGCGGGGUAUAUGUUAAGGAGUUCCCUUAUCCCUCCUUACAGAGGUGUGCGUUAUCACUUGAAAGAGUAUUCCAACCAUCCACCGGAAAAUGCUCGAGAGUUAUUUAACCACCGACAUGCUUCUUUACGCAAUGCCAUUGAGAGAGCUUUUGGUGUGCUAAAGAAACGAUUUCCCAUCAUAGCAAGCACAACUGAGCCUACUUACUCGGUUAGCACACAAUCAAAUAUCGUAAUAGCAUGUUGCAUCUUACAUAACUUUUUAAUGGGUGUUGAUCUAGAUGAAAACAUUAUUGCUGAAGUAGACAAAGAGCUUGAAAAUCAAUGUCAAACUCAACAAUCGACUCGUGCACCAAGGGAUACUGAUGAGGAUGCAAAACAAUGGGACCUCAUUAGAAAUAUGAUAGCAGCUACAAUGUGGUCUGAUUAUGUUGCUAAUCAAUAG